GGUUCAUGGGAACGAUUCGUUUCUGAGGCGGGCAUCUCUGGUCUCCUCAGUCUCGCCACCACAACCGUUCACACACACACGCUCACAGCGGGAGCGACGCCGUGGUGUUUCCGUCCUGAAGCGUUAACCUACUCCCAGCAAAAUGUCGAGUAAUGUACAAGGAGGGAAGGCUUUUGGAUUACUGAAAGCACAGCAGAGAGAAAGGCUGGAGGAGAUAAACAGGGAGUUUAUGGAAGACCAGAAGUACCGGGAUGAGGAAGAUUUGGCAGAGAAGCUGGAUUCCUUCAAAAACAAAUAUGCAGAAUUCGACUUGGACAACCAGGGAGACAUUGAUAUGAUGGGUCUAAAGAGAAUGAUGGAGAAGCUCGGCGUGCCCAAGACCCACCUGGAGAUAAAAAAGAUGAUUUCAGAAGUGACGGGGGGCGUCAGCGACACCAUCAACUACAGAGACUUUGUCAAAAUGAUGCUUGGCAAGCGCUCAGCUGUGCUCAAACUGGUAAUGAUGUUUGAGGACAAGGCCAACAGCACAGCCUUCAAAACUGAAGGUCCUCCACCAAAACGUGACAUCGCCAGCCUGCCAUAGAGCUUGCCACCCCUGCAUCUUUCCACCCCAUCCCCCCACUUUACACCGAGGGGCUGAGUGUACAUAGCCUUACCCGACAUCUUGUGCUUGAACCCAGGGAAAGACCAAAUCUGUGGUUCAGAAACAGUUGGAGGAGGGAAAAAGAUAGCUAUAUCUAUAUUUGCUGUGAAGAGGUCAAACUGCAGAGUAGCUUUUUAUAAGUAAACAGAAGUGUAUAUAUUUAUAUGGAAAAUAGGUCUUUUUGAAGAGUGCUCAUCCCUUUUAAUUGAAUUGUUUCAUAAAAUGAACAAAAGUGUGUGUUUUGGUAAAGAGUCUUUACUCUUACCACAAGUGAUAUAACAGUGAAGUACGAUGUGUAACAUUUUGAACGUGUGUGUUAAGUGUAGUGCGUGUGGGAUGAGACAGUUUUAUGUCCUAAGACGUUAAACAUUUUACUGAAGAACUGCGAUUGGUGUUCUCCCUUCCUUCCACAGAAACCUUUUGUUUUGAGUUCUUCUGAGUUAGCCGGAUAAGUGGAAUUAGCUUGAAGCUUAUAGUCUUGAAUUACCACUAACCUAUUUGUCUCUACAGUGUGUACAGACCGGUGUGUUCUAGUGUAAUGUCGAACCUGUGGGGCAGGGUUGUACCUCAGAACGUGAUGCCAUGAUAAUGAUGUAUGCUGAUAUUGCAAUGAUACUGAGUUGUUUAACGUGAGUUGUUUUUGUAGUAUAGCACACUGAUGCUAUUGGCUAAGCACAAACAAUGAGAGAAUAUGCUGUUUUCACACGUUAAGUGCUAGUUUGUUUUGGUCAUGGGUGAGACAUCACACCUAAGGGAGUUAAAAAAAAAAGCGUGUCGCCUCUUAUCUCUUAGUGUUCGCAUAGUUUUACUCUAGUUUCAAGGCGCUCACGACUUCUUUUGUUACAAUGAAGGACACAAGAUUCAUCAGUCAAAACAAGUCUUUCCAAGUGCCUCACUUAUUAUUUUGAUGUAGCCAGUUUAUUAGAACAUGCUCGUUGUGUUCAGAUAAAUUACAUAUGAAUUAAUACAGUGUGUGUGAAAGUGAGGACUGUAUGUGUACACAUACAGUCAUAUCAUUCAGAAUAUUAUGACCACGUCCUUGUUUCUACAGUCUACAGUGUCAAUUUGUAGGCAUUUUUGAGCAUUUUGUUCGUCUGGAGUUACAGACAGUAGUCUUUUUAUUUCUCUAAUGUAUACUGCGUUAUUAUCUUUAUCUACCCUGUUCUUCAAUGAUAAGGACCUCACAAGACCACCACAGAGCAGCUACUAUUUGGGUGGUGGGUCCUUCUCAGCAUACUGUUGUGUGAUUUGCUGGUACGUGUAGAUCAGACACAGCAGUGCUGCUGGAUUUAAUAAACAUUAGUUAUUCAUCAGUGGGCAGAGGAUGCUUCCCAGGGAUUCUGUUGAAUUUAUAUUCUUAUAUUUAGUCCGGAAGUGACAAGGUGUUUAAAAACUCUAGCAGCACUGCUGUCUCUGAUUCACUCAUAUCAGCACAACACACAAUAACACACCACUACCAUGCAGUGCUUUGAAUGACCCACCACCCAAAUAAUACCUGCUCUGUGGUGGUCCUGUGUAGUCCUAACCACUGCAAAAAGGAAAAUAUACAGAGAAACAGAAGAUCUACAGUCUGUAUUGGUAGAACUACUAAGUGUUCCUAUGUGCUGAAUGGAACUGGUGUUUUUGGGAAGUGGUCAUGAUAUUCUAAUAUGACUGUGUUUAUUGUGCUAGUGUGUACUUGCUUGUGCAGAGUUGCUUUUGGGUACAUUCUGGGACCUUCUUGAAUGCUGCAGUGUCCUUAUUGCUCCCCAUCCCCCUGCAGCGUUUGCUGCUCGACUUCCACACCAUCAGCUGUUUUAAAUCCAACUCUUUCUAUAGCAAUCAGUUCGUAUUCCUUCUGUUCUGUUAGAGAACUAGAUGGGACUGCUUAGGUCAUUUUACUGCCACAGCACUUCUGUUUGUACAGCAUUCAUCACUCAAACGAAAAGGGUUUAGAGUUCACAGUGAAGCCUGUGAUCACCUUCAAGCUUCUCAUGUAUUUUAAACAAUAUUUUUUAAAGAGUUUUAUUCUGGGCUUCAUUGUUAUGUAGAAAAUGUUUUGUCUCAUGUGCCUCUCAUGCGUUUUACUGUUGAUUUAUUUCAUUCUUUCAUUUCCAUUUCUUCCAUUCCUUUUAAGAAUCAUGUGAACAUAAAAUAUGAAAUAGCAGCUGCACUGUUUUAGGGUUGUAUUUUUAAUGCUUUGUUUAAUUAUUAUUUUUGUUGGGAAUAGUGGUUUGUUUCAGCAUAAUGCAAUUAAUGCAGGCUUUUUUAUUUUAGAUCACCUGUGUAACACCUUUUUUUGUUUUGUUUUUUUUUUGCAAACACCAAAGGAAGUAAAAACAAUCUUAGUUACACAGAAA